UUGAGCGGUAGUGCAGUGUACGUAUAUCAACGUGUUCUAAAUCAGGACAUGCAGCACUUCCAUUAGAUAAAAACAACGAGCUCUGAUUGAAUUUUAAUUCAGUGGAUGAACUGAUUAUAUAUUAGCUUUAUUUUGAAAGCGGAAGCGCGUCUGUUUGAACGAGAUGUCUUUGGUUUGCGCGAUCUCAAAUGAGAUACCGGAGCACCCCUGCGUCUCUCCAGUUUCCAGUCAAGUUUUUGAGAGACGUCUGAUUGAGAAAUACAUUGCAGAGAAUGGAGCCGAUCCCAUUAAUGGACAGCCACUGUCCGAGGAGCAGCUCAUUGACAUCAAGGUGUCUCACCCCAUUCGACCAAAGGCUCCAUCUGCCACAAGUAUUCCUGCUAUCCUCAAAUCUCUCCAAGAUGAGUGGGACGCUGUAAUGUUGCAUAGUUUUACAUUGAGGCAGCAGUUGCAAACCACCCGACAGGAGCUGUCUCAUGCCCUCUACCAGCACGAUGCGGCCUGCAGAGUCAUUGCUCGUCUCACUAAAGAGGUCACUGCAGCCAGAGAGGCCUUGGCUACACUCAAACCUCAGGCUGGACUGAUUGCUACACAGGCUGCUCCCGCAUCCCAACCCUCUGCUGUGGGUGCUGGUGGUGAGGCCAUGGAGAUCAGUGAGCAGGUUGGAAUGACUCCGGAGAUCAUACAGAAGCUCCAAGACAAGGCCACUGUCCUGACCACUGAGAGAAAGAAGAGAGGAAAGACCGUGCCAGAAGAGCUCGUCCGAGCAGAAGAGCUCAGCAAGUACCGCCAAGUGGCAUCCCAUGCUGGUCUUCACAGUGCUAGUAUCCCAGGAAUCCUUUCUCUGGAUCUUUGCCCAACAGACACCAACAAAGUCCUCACUGGUGGCACGGAUAAGAAUGUGGUGGUGUUUGACCGUAGAGAGGAGCAGAUUGUUGCCACCCUCAAAGGGCACACUAAAAAGGUCACCUCUGUCAUUUACCACCCCGCUCAGUCGGUUGUGUUCUCGGCGUCUCCAGACAGCACUAUUCGAGUGUGGUCUGUUACCGGGGGCAACUGCGUGCAGGUGAUCAAGGCUCACGAGGCGGGUGUUACUGGCCUUUCGCUGCAUGCUACCGGAGACUACUUACUGAGCUCAUCUGAGGACCAGUACUGGGCCUUCUCUGAUAUUCAAACUGGACGUGUGCUGACCAAAGUCACAGAUGAGACUGCUGGAUGUGCACUGACCUGUGCUCAGUUCCAUCCUGACGGUCUGAUUUUCGGCACGGGCACAGCAGAUUCUCAGAUUAAGAUCUGGGAUCUGAAGGAAAGGACCAAUGUAGCCAACUUCCCUGGCCAUUCCGGCCCUGUGACCGCCAUCGCCUUCUCUGAGAAUGGAUACUAUUUGGCCACUGGUGCUCAGGACAGUUCACUGAAGCUUUGGGAUUUGAGGAAACUCAAGAACUUCAAGACAAUCACAUUGGACAACAGUUAUGAGGUGAAGUCUCUGGUCUUUGAUCAAAGUGGAACAUAUCUGGCUGUGGGUGGAUCGGACAUUAGAGUUUAUAUCUGUAAACAGUGGUCUGAAGUCCUCAACUUCUCUGAUCAUUCUGGUCUGGUGACUGGUGUGGCUUUUGGUGAGCAUGCCCAGUUCCUGGCUUCCAGUGGUAUGGACAGAAGUCUCAAAUUCUACAGCUUGUAGUAGAAAUAGUGAAAAUCCAAUUUUCUCCUGGAAAGGAUGUGAUGUUUUUUUUCCCCAAUUGCAAUGGAAAUUUGUCCACUGAAAUAACAUGAUCUGUCAGUUAUAAAUUGUUCAUGUGUAUACAUAGAUAUACGUUUACUGUCAUUUACAUCAUUGUAGUGUUACAGAAUGUCACAGACGCAUACAGUAUCCUCUGACUUCAUCAGAAACUUCUAUUUUGUCAAGUACCACAUGAAUGCUUUUGGCAGAUAAGGGUUAAUUUGAUAAUUUCAUUUUUUCCUCUCUUUGUCUACUUUAAAGAUUUGUAUCUUGGAAACUUUGUCAGUGUCCGUUGACUCAUUUGUGUCCUUUUGUGGACAGUAAUAACAAUGUGAAAUAGACUCCAAUA